AUUUUAUAAACAAGCUCAGGAAAUGUUGAGGCAUUACAAGUUGAGUGUUUACAUUGCUGAGCUGUGAGCAAUGAAGUCGGUUAGCGUAAUAAGUCUCGGUGUUCUAGUUCUAAAGUUACAGAGUAUCGCUGCAGCCACAACGACAAGUGCUGAUCGCAUUAAAAGUUCUGGCUAUGGCAGUGAAACGCAUGAAAUUCAAACUCAGGAUGGUUAUAUUCUUACAAUAUUUCGUAUCAGAAAUACCACAGUGGAUAAUAAUUCAUCCGUCCGACGUCCCGUUGUCCUACUGAUGCAUGGCUUACUUAGCUCUUCGGAUUGUUGGGUUGUUCGAGGCCUCACCGAUACCUUGGCCUACGACUUGGUGGACAGUGGCUAUGAUGUGUGGCUGGGUAAUGCUCGUGGCAACACCUAUAGUGGACGUCAUGUAAAUCUAACAACAGAUGAUCCGAAAUUUUGGCGUUUUUCAUGGCAUGAAAUUGGCGUGAUUGAUUUACCCACAACCAUUGAUUAUAUUCUAGAGGAGACGCAACAAACAUCGUUGCACUAUGUUGGUCAUUCUCAAGGUUCGACGAUACUGUUUGUAUUACUCUCCAUGCAACCGGAAUAUAAUUCCAAAUUUAAGACUGCCCAUAUGUUGGCUCCUGUGGUGUAUUCCAAAUAUAUUCGUGAAUUGUUGUUUGAGCUGUUGGCGGUCAUUGUGGGAAACUAUUCACCAUUGGAUCCAUUGCUAGGCGAUUCGGCUUUAUUUCAGCAGCCUAUUUUGCGUCAAGUAUUUGCAAUUGAUAAGUGCCGCGAACGGUUACUCAGCCCGGAGAUAUGCACGCGCAUAGUGUUCUUUAUAUAUGGCGGAUAUUCGGCGUAUUUUAAACAGUCUCUCUUAAAGGACGCCUAUGACUCCCAUCCUGCUCCGGCCUCUACACAUCAAGCCAUACACUAUAUUCAACUGAAAGUCUCUGGCUAUUUUCGUCAAUAUGAUUUUGGUAUUGAGGGCAAUAGGCAACGUUAUAACCAAACAACACCACCCGAUUAUAAUUUGGCCAAUAUCAGCACACGUUUUCCUUUGCAUUUAUACUACAGCAACUAUGAUGAACUAUCCGCUGCAAGGGAUGUUGAAAAAUUAAUUGGAAUUAUGGGAAAACGAGUUGGCGCUCAUUAUAUACCACUGAAGAAUUUCGCUCACAUUGAUUUUCUUUGGGCCUCGAAUGUGAAGGAGGUCAUCAACGAUCGUAUUCUGGAAAUUACAAAUGAUGCUGAGGUAAUACUGCAAAGGGAAGGUCUCAACGAAAACACUUAUUUUACAGAACAAACCCAUCUAAGUUUUCAUUAUAUUUUUAACGGUUUAUCAAUUGAGUCAGUCACGAUUCGAGUCAUGAAAACGGUGAUAAUUGUGGGUUUAAUUUUUCUAAUUUCAAAAUUUCAGGAAUCAACAACGGCUGAUACAACGGCUGAUCGCAUAGAAGAUGCUGGCUACUUGAGUGAAACUCAUGAGCUGACCACCUCGGAUGGUUAUCAAUUGACCAUAUUCCGUAUAAAAAAUUCUGCAGGAAAGAAAACGAAGACGAAUAGUCCUGUAGUACUAAUGAUGCAUGGUCUUAUGAGUUCUUCAGAUUGCUGGGUGAUACAAGGCCUAAAAGAUGCUUUGGUUUUUCAAUUGGCUGACAAGGGUUAUGAUGUUUGGUUGGGCAAUGCUCGAGGCAAUACCUAUUGCGGUCGUCACCUCCAAAUGACAAAUGAUGAAAGGAAAUUUUGGCGUUUUUCCUGGCAUGCGAUUGGUUCGAUUGACUUGCCCACAAUGAUGGAUUAUAUCAUACAAAAAACUCAUCAAUCUUCGAUGCAUUAUAUAGGCCACUCUCAGGGUUGUACCAUAAUGUUGGUCCUGCUCUCUACUCAGCCGCAGUAUAAUGAGAUGCUGAAAUCAGUUCAUCUAUUGGCUCCAGCAGCAUUUAUGGCAAAUGUGCGAGCCCCAGUGUUUCAGAUUUUGGCUCCGGUAUUUGGUCGUAAUACUCAAUUAAAUGAAAUGUUGGGUGACACACCUCUGAUGCAAAUUCCGAUUUUACAUCAAAUUUUUGGUCUGGAUAAUUGUCGUAAUGGCAAUGCUAGUCCUGAAUAUUGUGCAUCGCUGCUAUAUUUUGUGGGUGGAGGAUAUUCCAGAUAUUUUAAUAAUGCCCUUCUGAGGGAUAUCUAUGCCACACAUCCAGCACCGUCCUCCACACACCAGGCCAUACACUAUAUACAGUUGAAAAUAUCGGGUCACUUUCGCCAAUAUGAUUAUGGUGCGGAGGGUAAUAAGCAGCGCUAUAGUAACUCAACACCACCCCGAUAUCCUCUGGAGAAUAUUAAAACUCGCCAUCCUCUUCAUUUGUAUUACAGCGAUUUUGAUGAGUUGGCAACGCGUAAAGAUAUUGAAAAAUUGAGCAGAAUUUUAGGUAAUCGUAGUGUUGAUCAUUACAUCGAUUUGAAGGAUUUCGCGCACAUCGAUUUUAUAUGGGGCAAUAAUAUAAACGAGGUUAUAAAUCAGCCUAUUUUGAAAGUCAUGGAAGAUAUUGAAGAACAGUUAGUGAUUAAAAAUAAUACAAUAGUGUAAAGCUGGAUAUGAGAAAAGCUGAAUUGAGAAAAAAUAUUAGGACAAAAGCAUAAAGUGUUAUAUCGCAUUGCCGCGCGAAAUCAGUAUUAAAAUAUAUGGUUCUGUAAUCAAA